AUGGCGGAUGAGAAGAAAUUACGUGAGUUGGAGCAGACGAAGGAUAACAUUGUGGAUUCGGUGGCUUUGUUGGAAAGUUAUGAGAAGGAGUUCGAGGACAGCAAAUUUGCGGGUCAAGUAGAAGCAUGGGCGGAAAAAUUGGAAAAAUUUUACGACGAGUUUCAUCGAGUUGUGGUGAAGUUAGAAAUGUUUUCCACUAAAGAGGAGCCAAUCGACCUAAAAAAGGAACGGCAACGGUUCGACGGUCGCUAUUAUGCUCUCCGAAGCUUCUACUUGACAAAGAUGGCGAAGCAGUCACGGCCUACCCGUUCCACUACCCCUGCACCGCCGAAACCACUAAGUAUUCGACUUCCUAAAAUCAAUCUCCCGAAAUUCAGCGGUAAGUUAGAAGACUGGUGUGUUUUUCGCGAUUCGUUUGAAUCCGCUUUAGGUUCACGAAGCGACAUCAGUUCUGUCGAGAAGAUGCACUACUUGAAGGGUCUUGUUCAAGGAGAGGCAGCGCGCAUACUCGACCCGAUAAAGGUAAGCGAACAGGGCUAUAAGGAUGCCUGGCGUACGCUUCGGUUGCGCUUCGAAAACAAACGGCUGUUAAUUAAAUGUCACAUCAAAACGUUAUUCGACAGUCCCGCUAUGCGCAGAGAAUCCGCCGAAGAACUUCUCGCGCUGAUUGAUCGAUUCGAGCAGCAAAUUUCCGUGUUGAAGAGUUUAGGUGAACCAGCAGACCGAUGGAGUUCUAUUCUGGUUUAUCAAAUGUCUAUUCGCCUUGAUCCGUGUACGCUUCGGGAAUGGGAGAACUAUUGUAGCAAACUUGAUGCCGACAAUUUGGGAGGAACCGCGAUCACAUCCGACAACAUAGAACCUGACGGUUCUACUUCAAUGCCAUCGUACGUGACAAUGGCCAUUUAUCUCCAAAACUAUGCUCGAGUAUUGCAAGCCGUGUCUCCGUCGAUGUCGAACGUAUCUUCUCGAAAUAAGCCAAGCCUAACAACCAAGGCUAUAGCCUUCCCCGUCACCUCUGGACAACCAGCCGAACCAACCAACGCAUCGUCUACAAACGUCGCUAAGCCGAAGGCGUGCGACAUGUGCGGUGAUAGUCAUUACCUGUACAGUUGUCCGGAAUUCCGUAAGAUCAAUCUUCGUCAACGAACCGACCUGGUAAGACAGAAAAACCUUUGUAUGAAUUGUCUACGCUCAAACUCUCACUAUGCCCGGAACUGUUUUGGAUCAAGAUGUCGCACGUGUUCCAAAAAGCAUCACACACUUCUUCAUCCCGAGUCUGUCGAUCCAAACCCUGCGUCGGGUGGUCAUACCACUAAAUCUACGUGUUAUGUAGCCAUCCAAUCGAAUUCAGAACCUUCCGUUUUACAUUCUUCACAAUCUCCAUCGAAUACCAGGGUUCCGAUUCAGCAACAGGUUACCUCUUUGGUCACUGCCACUCAGGCAGCGCUAGUCUCGCCGUCCCAAGUAUUAGUUCCAGGAACUGUUUUCCUUCCGACGGCGCUCGUAAACAUCCGUAACCCUAACGGCCAUAUCGUAACAGCUCGUUGCUUGCUGGACUGUGCAUCCCAACGCAAUUUUGUUUCUACAUCCUUCUGUGAACGACUGCAGUUAUCCCGAAGGCGAUUGCUUCACGCUAUUCCGAUCAGUGGAAUUGGUAACAAGACGACACGGGUUGAACAUCAGACAACGAUAACCAUCUCUUCUCGAGUGACUUCAUUUUCGAUGAAGUGCUCCAUGCUAGUUUUACCCUCAAUAACGGUAAAACUUCCCCAGUCGACGACAGAAGCUCGUCACUGGCCGAUUCCGAAGCACAUAGAGCUUGCUGACCCCACUUUCGCAGUGUCGGGUGACAUCGACUUGAUCUUAGGCGCCGUGCAUUUCUUUCGUAUUCUUCGAUAUGGUAGAAUAUCUCUCGGCGAUGAUCUACCGCUGCUUCAGAACACCGAGUUUGGAUGGGUGGUUUCUGGAGAGUGCCUAAACACCACUAGAGACACUGACGGUCGCUACACCGUCAAGCUUCCCAAACGAGAUGAACUGCUCUGGCAGCUCAAAGAUAACCGGUAUAAUGCAAUCCGUCGGUUCUUCUCUCUCGAGCGCUCACUUGGAUUGAGCCCCGAACGAAAGUCGAUGUAUCAACAAUUCAUCCACGAGUACUUCAGGCUAGGACAUAUGCGAGAGAUCCGCCCUGAUGAAGAUGACGUGCAACUGCAGUACUUUCUUCCGCAUCACGCCGUAAUGAAGCUUGAUAGUGCUACUACAAAGCUCCGUACCGUAUUCGACGCAUCGUGCCGUUCCAAAUCUGGCAUCUCGUUGAACGAUGUCCUACUAGCAGGUCCCACCAUUCAGGACUCUCUAGUUACGAUAGUCCUUCGGUUCCGUAUACAUCAAUUUGUCAUCUCUGCGGACAUUGAGAAAAUGUACCGGCAGAUUGUUGUUCACCCAGAUGACCAACCGCUUCAACGCAUAGUCUGGCGCGAUGAUCCUAGUUCUGACCUGAAGACGUUUCAGCUACGCACCGUGACAUAUGGUACGAGUUGUGCCCCAUUCCUAGCAACUAGAGUGUUGCAACAGCUAGCCGAUGACGAAGGACAUCGUUAUCCGUUAGCCGAAUCAUCGUUACGCCAUGAUUUUUAUGUAGACAAUUUACUUUCCGGGUCAGAUAACGCUCAGUCUCUCGCCGCUACCUGCGAACAGCUCAUUUCCAUGUUGACUAGUGCUGGAUUACCUCUUCGACAGUGGUCUUCAAAUUGUCAGAUGGUUCUUAACACCAUCCCGUUGGAGCUCCGAGAAACGCAAACAUUACUCGAUUUAGACCAUGAAUCGUCGGUGACUACGCUUGGUCUUCGCUGGGAACCAUCCACCGACCUUCUUUCGUUUAAGACUCCCAAUUGGAAGGAAUAUACCGUGUUAAAUAAGCGAGCCAUUCUUUCUCAGAUCAGCAGUCUGUUUGACCCGCUAGGGCUGAUUGGUCCUACAAUUUCCAAAGCUAAGAUUAUGCUGCAAAAUCUUUGGAGACUUCAGCUGGACUGGGACACACCCGUGGCGAAGUCGUUUGCUUGUCAAUGGUAUGAUUUUCAGCAAAACCUUUCUGCAUUGACCGACCUUCGAGUUUCCCGCCCUGUAAUUAGUCCAGGGUAUGAUCGCGUGGAGAUUCAUGGAUUCAGUGACGCAUCGGAAGCUGCGUAUGGUGCCUGCAUAUAUCUUCGCUCAAUACAAUCAGAAGGUUCAUGUACAGUUCGACUACUAAUAUCCAAAUCAAAAGUCGCUCCGAUAGGUACUCAAACGAUCCCCCGCCUCGAGCUGUGUGCAGCUCAGUUGUUGGCCAGACUUCUAACGCAGGUUCAGAACAGCACAAACGUUAUUGGCACUGUGUAUUUGUGGACCGAUUCUUCAAUAGUGUUAAACUGGAUAGCAACUAGUCCAUCGGCAUGGAAAACGUUCGUUGCAAAUCGCGUAGCUGAAAUACAAGAGCUAACGUCACACGUCGAAUGGAAUCAUGUUCCGUCCAAGGAUAAUCCCGCCGAUCUUAUUUCUCGAGGAAUGGAUCUUCAAGAGCUCCUCACUAAUGAUCUGUGGUGGACCGGACCUCAAUGGCUAAAUUCAACUCUCGCACCUUGGCCAGAAAAAUAUACUGGCGCGUCUCAGCAAAGUACGGAGUCCCGGAAAUCUAGAAAGACAGUUGCUUUACCGGUCAUAAAUCAAGAUGGACCAGAUAUCAUCGAUCGAUACUCUAGUCUUCGUCAGUUACUUCGUAUUGCAACGCUUCUCCGACGAUUUACUCAAAACUGUGUUCGCCGCAGGACUCAUCAACCAAUCCUCUCUGGAUCGCUAACGCCACUUGAGAUCGAUUGUACUCUGCUCAGUCUAGUUCGAAGAGUACAAGAGCAACACUUUUCCCAAGACAUACAGGAACUUCACAGCACUGGAAGAAUCCAUCGAAAAUCUAAAUUACGAUUCUUGCAUCCGCAAAUCGUCGAUGGCAUAAUUCGUGUUGGCGGCCGGCUUCACAAUGCAAGAAUCACUGUCGAAGAAAAGCACCCGAUUGUACUACCAAAGCAUCGUCUCACUGAAAUGAUCGCCAGGAGAGAACACCUUCAAACGCUUCAUGCUGGACCAAGCCUGCUGCUAUCAUCACUCCGUCAAAGAUUUUGGCCUCUUAGUGGUCGAAACUUAGUUCGCAAUAUUGUGCAUCGCUGCAUGAUCUGCGCACGGGCAAAACCCAAGCCUCUGCAACAGCUAAUGGGUAAUCUGCCCCCUGUUCGGGUCAACCAAGCUUACCCGUUUCAGAACGUUGGCAUCGAUUUAGCUGGUCCAAUUUUCGUACGUACAUCACUGAGAAACAAACGUACUCCGUUCUUCAAAGCGUACAUCACGGUCUAUGUGUGUAUGGCUACCAAAGCGGUCCAUUUGGAUCUAGUAACAGAUUUAACUACCGCAGCAUUCAUUGCUAGUCUGCGAAGGUUUGUCAGUCGCCGCGGAAAGCCUGCUCAUAUAUAUUGCGACAAUGCUACGAACUUUGUAGGCGCACAACGAGAACUGGGAGAACUCCGGAAACUUUUCCGCAGUGAGCAACACCAGAAUGCAGUUGCUAAUGAGUGUUCAGACGAAGGAUUUCAUUUUCACUUUAUUCCACCCCGUUCGCCUACGUUUGGUGGAAUCUGGGAGGCCUGUGUUAAGUCUGUCAAGACCUUACUCCGUAAAAUUCUCGGAAAUGCUCAUCUAACUGAAUCUGAACUGCAAACAGCGUUAGUUCAAGUGGAAGCCAUGUUAAACUCUCGCCCAAUCACUCCGAUGUCGGACAAUCCCUCUGAUGAAAUGGCUCUUACUCCGGGACACUUUCUGAUCGGCCGUUCUCUUAAUUCGAUCCCAGAUCCCGAUUAUCAAGAACUUCCCGAGACGCGACUCUCUCGUUGGGAAAGAGUACAACAGAUAUCUCAACAUUUCUGGUCUCGUUGGCACAAGGAGUAUCUUGCAACGUUACAAAACCGUUAUCGCUGGACUCAAGCCACAGAUAAUUUAGUUGUUGGAUCCAUCGUCGUCUUAAAGGAUGAAAGAAACCCUCCACAGAGAUGGCCCCUGGGACGUGUACUCAGCGUCCAUCCAGGACCAGACGAGCUGGUUCGCGUCGCAACCGUCAAAUGUGGCCUCGGCAUCGUUAAACGAGCAAUUUCAAAGUUGUGCCUGCUGCCAGUUGAAAUUGAUCCGUCCACUAUAAUACAAAGCGGAUCUCUGUCCAGUAAUUCCACCGCCACCACGCCAGAGGAAGGUCCUUGCUUAGGGAACAGAGCCGCCGGACACGGUCCCGGCCCCUACUCGGGGUAA